CUUCUUUCUUGAUAUAUUGUCAGGGAGUUUAACAAGAUAUGUAUUGCCAGGAUCUGCACUAUAUGGUACUAGUUUGUCUGCAUUGCCAAACUGUGAAGCAUAGAGGCCAGAGUUUUAGUUAUACAGGCUUAGAUUCACAGAUUUUGAUAAGCAUUUGUUGCCUUACCUUUACUUUCUGUUGAUCUUUUUUAUAUUGAUAGAUUUAGUUUUUACUCUUUUUUUAUAUGGUCUUCUUCUGAAUAUUUGCUUAAUACCCAAGUGAUUGUACUUGAUGUUUCUUUGUGUAAUUAAUCAUAAUGGACUGUUACAGAAAUAUGGACAAACCAACAUUCAUAAAGACAGAGUGGUGGGGGCAUGGAAGAGCUAUUCUAAAAUUCUCUGCUAUUGAAGCAAGUGGAGAAAAUGCAGAGGAUAAGGAUAAGGGAGGUAGUGUCAUUGAGUGCUACAUGUCUUCUGUAGUGAUCAGAGAAUAUACAAAGAAAUGCCCAAAUAAAGAUGAUGAACAAGAAGAGAAAAGUUCCUGUGGUAAAGCUGCUGAAGAAUUGAAGACUGAUACAUAUCCUCCAGAUGUACCUUUAGAGAUAUGGCAAGACUGGUUGAUUCACUGGGAAGCAUGGAAGGAAGUGUACAUCUCACUCUCAUGGGUGCACAAGUAUAGAAAGAUCUGCAAACCAGAUUAUAUCCAGUGGUAUGACUCAUAUAUAGAAAAUUACCCCGAUAUUUUACCUUUGAUUUUAAAGGGCCUUGGAGAGGAAACAGAAGACCUUGAGUUUUUCCAAGAGGAUUCAGUUAUGGAAAUAGAAACACAAACACAGGAAGGAAAUGAAAGUAACAUUGAUUUUAAUAACUGUGGCAAAACUAACCCUAAUCUAAAAACAAAUGAGAAGGCAGACAGAAAAAAGAAGUUAGAUGCUCUUUAUGACAAACAUUCAGAAGAAAGAUACUGGAUACAUUUGAGAAUGUUCUUGUUACAAAGUGGUGUAACUAAAACAGACAAACUUGAAAAGUUUUUCAACAGAUCUGCAAGCCUCAAAUAUUCUGACACUGAAAAUUACAACAAUGCAAAUAAGGAUGCUCUGGAGGAAGAAUCCUGUUACAAUACUUCAGAAAAUGGUUCAGUAUUGCUUAAGAGCGACAAUAAUCCAAAAACUGCAGAUACCUUUUCAAUGUGCAGCAGUGAAGAAUGUUUUUCUUCAAACAAAAACACAAGUAAGACAUCUAUAAAAUCAGAUGAUGAUUCUUGUGAAUAUGAAGAGCAUAUAGGGAAGAAAUUUAAAAGUGCAGGUGAAGAACAAGAUAAUACAAAUAAAGAAGAAAGUGAAAAUGAGUACUCUCUCCAAACAAAGAUGCUGAAACAAGAAGGAACAGAUGCUGUUGAUAUGGAUGAAGUGAUGCAAGGAAAGGAAAUGAAAUUCAAGAGGAGAAAGAGAAAGAAGCCAAACACAACUGAGUUCAGUAAUACAUCAGGGUUAGCAUGGGCUGUACAGAUUCUUCAGAAGCAUAGUGAUGGCACAAGAAACACAGUUGAAAAUGAAAAACAUAUAGAAAGCCUGAGAGAUUCUGAAACUCAAGUUUAUAUACCAUUGGACAGCUCCAUUGCUAGUUUGAGUGACGAACUUAACAAGAAUACAUGUCCUGAUAUUUCUUCAAGUUUGGAUGGGAUACAUUCUAAAGCAGUCUCUCUAGCGAAUGAAGGAAUUACUAAUACUAAACCUAAUAACUGUAAAGGAAGUCUGGGAAUAGUGGAAAAUAAUAGUGAUAUUCAAACAUUACGAGAUUCAGAACAGAUGGUAACAAGCAGUGAGGGUGACAAAAAUGAGAUGAAAAAGCAGAAAAGUAGAUUGCUGAAGAGGAUCAUUCAUUACUUUUCGAUGCAUGUCAUAAGAAUUUUGUAUCCAGUCAUUUUAGGUAAUGUAAAAUAUCAUCAGCAUGUUUUUCUUGGUGAAAAUUUCUAG